UGACGUGCUCGCUCUGCGCGCGUCUGCGAGCGAGAUCUACGUACGCUCCGGCCGCCACGCGUCGACAAGAGCCUUUGCGAGCGGCAUUCGGCUCGGCUUCCUGGAAGCAAAAAGUGCCUCGACUCGAGAUGACCUGCAUAACUCGACGGCCGCCACAUUCUCCAACGAUUUGCUGCCCUCGCCGUACUCGAGAUGACCUGCAUAACUCGACGGCGGCCGCAACAUUCUUCAACGAUUUGCUGCCCUCGGCGUACUCUCGUGUGCUAGCGUCGUUUCGCGGACCCCCAGAGCAUUGCGGAUGCUGGCAUACACAUCGAAGCGCGCGUCUGAAGCUCUCGGCUGCCUGCAGUAUCUCGCGCAUGACGACGCUUGCCUUCAUCCAGGACGAGCCACCGCUGAAGCCUCAGUACACGCCGUAUUUUGGGCCCCACGUGCGUACGCACACAACACAGCUCACAAGAGUGCCGAUUACGAGUCGGAUGGAUGAGGGGUCGCUUCGUAACGCGGGCAACAUGCUGUACGCUGACGACGGCAAGCUCCCCAAAACACCCGGCAAGCUUUGGAGGCAGUCGAGAUGUGAGAUUGUGCAGAGGCAGACACGAGUUCGCCGAGUCGGAUCGGUGCGCGUCGCGUCGAGGAGUCGCGUCCCACGCGCGCGAGGACGCGGUGCGGUGCGCUGUGCCCCCACACCUCUGAGCGAUUCACGAUUCUGACGCUUGCUUCGCUGCUUGCUGCGCGCAAUGUCACGGAGAGCUUCGCGAGCAUCAAGCCGCACGCUCGGAGCGAUUACAUUUCACCUCCCGGGUAGACACGGCUUGAUACAGCUAGAAAUCCUGCGCAGGUCCGGCGGGUGAGUGGUCGGCAGUGUCGCGCCUCGCACGCCUCGCACGCCUCGCAUGCCAUCCGAAAGUCGUACGAUCAAAGCG